CGCAGACUCAGACACACUCCCACAUCAGCUACUGGGGGGAGAAAGAGCAGAGAAAGCAGCAGACCGAGUGGAGGGCUGCUGCUGGUGUGCACACUGGCUGAGAGACUUACAGGAAAGCCAGUGUUUGUGGGGUUUUUUUUAUUUUUCUGUGCCACUUUUCUUCUAGAGCUGUUGAUGAGGCAGGCUGGGUUAGCUCCCUCUCAUCUCACUGUGGGGUUCAGAGGUCGGGGUCAGAGUGUUACUGCUCCUUGAGUGUGCGUGGCUGUUUUGCAACUUUUGAACACUGGAACUGUACUGUAAGCAUUAUGACUCUUCUGGGCUCUGAACACUCCAUACUAAUACGAAGCAAGUUUAGAUCAGUCCUACAGUUAAGACUUCAGCAGAGGAGGACACGAGAGCAGCUGGCAGACCAAGGCAUCAUGCCUCACCCAGCCUCAGACAGCUCCGGUCUGGAAGCCCAGAUGAGGCUAAAGCGAGCCCGGCUCGCCGAGGACUUGAAUAAGAAGUUGGCUCUGAGGCCAGGGCCCCUGGAGCUGGUGCAAAAGAAUAUCAUUCCUCUAGACUCCACCAGCACGAGGACAGUAAACCAUGGGACGCUUCCUAAGCAAGAGGACUCGUAUGCAUUUGAGGAGGACAGCAGCAGUGAGAGUCUGUCUCCAGAGCAGCAUCACAGUGAUGAGUCGCAGGGCUCGGCCUGCCCUUCAUCUGAGGCUGUCGGCAGUACGGCCUCCUCCUCAUCCUCACCUGCCCUCACCAGCCCACGACAGGGUGGUGUAAGCAGAGACCCCCCUGAUCAAAGCCAGGAUGAGGUGCUUUCUGGAUCUAACAACAGCCAGGCCACUCCUCCAAUACCUGUUCCUGCUAUAGUCAAGUCUAAAUCUUCAGACAAGAACCGUCACAAGAAGCCCAAAGAUGUGAAGCCUAAAGUGAAAAAGCUCAAGUACCACCAGUACAUUCCUCCAGACCAGAAGGCAGAGAAGUCCCCUCCACCCAUGGACUCGGCCUACGCCCGACUCCUCCAGCAGCAGCAGCUCUUCCUGCAGCUGCAGAUUCUCAGCCAGCAGAAACACACUCACGCACAUUCGCAGACGCAGCAGGCACAACAGCAGCACGCACACACUCCGCAGAUGCAGGCCCAGCCUCAGGCUCAGGCUCAGCAGAGGCAGCCCACCUUCAGCUAUCAGCCCCACACCCCGGCUCACACCCAGAAAGGAGUCAGUGAGCAGCUCUCAGCGUGUAGUUCCAGCGCUCCGUCCAGCACAGCCAACAGUAACUCGUCUUCUCCGGUCAAGAACACGUUCCCCAACCAAAGCAGCAUCUCACCAGUCAAACCCGGGCCCCUGCCGUCUAAUCUGGAUGACCUAAAAGUUUCAGAGCUUAGGCAGCACCUGCGUAUUCGUGGCAUGCCUGUCUCAGGCACCAAGACUGCCCUCAUCGAGCGACUCCGGCCCUUCAAAGACUCCAACACAGGCUCCUCACCUUCAGGAUCCUCUGACAUCACCACUGCGACCUUUCCUGUCACACCCACGGGCUCCUUGUCCUCCUACCAGUCCCCGUCCUCCUCCAGCGCUCUGUCCCAGGGAGGCUAUUACCCUUACCCCAGCACCUCCUCCACCCCGCCCAUCUCGCCGGCCUCCUCUGAGCUAUCCCUCAGCGGCUCGCUCCCCGACAGCUUCAGCGACGUGCCCAUGUCUUCGCCAACACAGUUUACCCUGCAGCCAUCCCCAGCCCAGCUUGGGGUGGAAGAUGGCCUUGGAGGAGGAGGAGGAGGUGGCAGCAUGGGUGGGGUAGGGCAGAGGAUGGGGGAGGCUGGAGGUAUGGAUGGCCUGGAAGCUGAAAAAGACAAGAUGCUGGUGGAAAAACAGAAGGUGAUCGAGGAGCUGACGUGGAAGCUGCACCAGGAACAGAGACAGGUUGAAGAGCUGAAGAUGCAGCUCCACAAGAGAAAACGAUGCUAUGGAGCAACACAGGAUGCCGCCCCUCCUCCAUCUCACCCUUCCAUGCACCACCAGCAGCACCAGACUCCAGCCAUGAUGGGGCAGCAUUUCUUUGGGGUGACAAUCAAGCAGGAGCCCUUGUCUUUGUCCUCCAGCUGCCCUCUGUCCUCCCCUAAACAGCCUAAGUGCCCUCCUGGAAGCUGCAUAGAGGAUAUGGGACGCUGCAGUUCCUCCAUCGUCAAUAUGGGGGGGCCGGGUGGGCCACAGUGUAUGGAUACAGGUCCUUCCUCUGGCAGCCCCACCACUAUGUCCACUUUCCUCAGCCCACAGUCCUCACCACAUAACUCUCCUAUCAGAAAAUCUUCCAGCAGCCCACAGCCUUCAUCUCCUAACAACCCCUACCUGCUGUCUCCUCAGCUGGGAAGGGAUGGCUGCAGCCACCCCCACACCCAGGGCAACAGCAGAGCAUGCAGCAUGCAGAUGCAGCAAAAGAGCGGUGGCCCGCCACUAAACUGUUCUUAUCCUUCUGACCAAAGAGGUCUUCAGGGAGUCUAUCCCAGCUCAGCUGACUGUGGCCUGAACAGCAGCAGCAGCCACGCCAAGGCCGAGAGCCAGAAUAUGCAACCAAAGAUGUCAGUAUUGCCAAAGUGCCAGGUCUCUUCCCCUGCCUUCAGUAGCUCAGAUUCAGAUGCAUCUGACUUAAGACAGCCCCCAUGCUAUGAGGAUGCAGUCAAACAGCAACUGACCCGAAGUCAGCAGAUGGAUGAGCUUUUGGAUGUGCUUAUAGAGAGUGGAGAGAUGCCAGCUAACGCCAGAGAAGAGAGGGAGAGGUCCUCUGUAACCAAAGUUAUGCCUCACAUUACUGUCCCCCCAGGGUGUCCCGGCCUCCUCAUCCCAUGGUUUCACCGACACUACGAACACCUCUCCCCCAACCAGCUCCCUUACGACCACACGGCCAAUCACAUCACCGAGAGCCACCCAGACACUCUGCUCGGCAGUCCCAUCAGCCGCAGAGGGGAGGUGGCGCUUCUUAAUAUGGCUGCAGAGGAUGGGGGCCAGGAAGAUGAAGGGAAGCGCGAGGGUGACCGGUACAGCAGCCCCCAGAGCCACCAUCACCCCCAUCAUCCUCAGCAGGACAAACUUCUGACCAACAGAGAUCUGAUGGACACGCCUCUCUCGACUAUCGGCAGCAAGGCGCUCGCCAACCCCGAGGUGCAGGGAAUGGUCAGCAUGACCUUUAGCGAGACACCGUGGGAGACAAUGGAGUGGCUGGACCUGACCCCACCCAGUUCUGCCACUGCCUUCAGCAUUGCUCCGCCCAGUGCGCCCAGCAUUUUCAAUGCAGAGUUCCUGGAUGUAACAGACAUUAACUUGAACUCUGCCACGGACCUCCACCUGGAGCAGUGGUAAAAACAGCACUGCCCCCAAAGUGCUGGUUAGCAGCACACCAGCCAUCAAACUCAAGACACCAGCUUGCAACUAGCUGCACGGACCUCUGAUAUUAGCUAUGACAGUACCAAAGACCUAUUGAAUUCUUUCCUUAACAGCUUGUGUCACAUGUUGCUCUUUGCUAUAAUACAGGUGAAUGUUACAUCGAGUAAACCAGUACCCAAAGACUGAAGGCGAAGCCAGAAAUUGACCUGUUGAGUUACGUACUGACCUUCCCACUUCGCUAAAAUGUGGUUCUCAUGUUGUUGUCAUACUCCAAAACUAAAGACCUGGUGCUUCCUGGCAUGAUCUUCGUUCUUUUUGGAUAACGAUGCGCACAACUCCCAACUGCUUAUAACAGUGGACACAUGAAGGAGUGUUUAUGUAACUUAUAAACGUGAUUACAGUACUUUAUGCCAACAUUUAAUGCAGUAUCAGUGUUACACCACCUAGACUUGAAGACACACUUUGACAAUCAUUGUAUACUUUGAGUUAUAUAUUUGUACUGGAAAAAAACAACAACCCUGAGAGGACUCACCAGGUGAAUUGGAUCGCUUAUUAAUGGCCAUAUUGUAAAUAUCACAACUGACAGAGACAAGCUGCUGUCUGCAUAUUUUGUCAGUCGUGUGGGAGAACAUACAAACAACAAAUCAAGUGCUUUAAGUAAUCAGUUCAACAUUUGAUGUAAAUAUGAUUUUUUUUUUUAAACUCACUGAGCACCUUUAGCUUAAUAAACACUUGUCACAGUUUGCUUGAGCUUAGAAUAUGUGUGUAGGUUAGGUCAUACAUUUGAAGGAAUUUUUUAUACACUUUUAUCCACAGAAUGACACCAUAGAAAGAAGUUAACGCCUUUAAAAAAAAUAUCUUAUCAGUUUAUAUCAGCAGCCAAGUCGUGCCUUAUUUGCAACAGAUUUUUAUUCUCUAAUUUGAAUAUCAGUUUCCCCUUUUACCAUUUUAUAUCAAAUGACUGUUCCCUGGGAGCUGAACUAAUACAGUUUAGAAGGUUCCAACCAAAGUAAGUUAUUCUUUAGUUGUAAAAAUCUGAUACAUUCUAUUUAAAAACAAAAACCCUCUUUUUUUUUGUCAUUAAAAAUGUCAGCAUUUCUGUUCCCGGGCCAAUCACCUUAUUUAUUUGUGCUUUUGUAUUUAUGUUUGAUCCUGUAUUUAUACUGACAUUCCUUUCAGACAGAACGGGGCUCUUUAUGAUUUAUCAGACUUUAUCGACCAGACAUUUCUUCAUUAUCAGUUCUCUUGUGAUACAAAGUGAAGGAAACACUUUGAAAAGCCAUGUUUUCCUAACUUGCCUUUCUUUAAAAAAAAAAGACAAUUCUUAGCACUUGUGAAUAGGAUAAUGUAAUAUAUUCCAAUUUUUACUGUGAAUACUGGAUAUUAAUGAAGAAUACACUUUCACCAAAGCCAGCGUAGAUUCACCUGCAGUACACAGCAGUUAGCCAAAGGUGAGGACGUCAGACUCAGAAACCUUUAAGGUUUCAGCUUUGAUUAGUAAUUUUCUGUAUUUUUAUGCAUUUAAGAACAAUUAAAAGUUAAGGAAAUGGCUAUAGUUACUUUCUUGCCAAGACUUGCAUACAUUUCUCAUAUCUGCUCACUGUAGUGGUAAAGCUAGCAGCCUGUUAGCCUGUACUGCAUGAAGACAGAGCAGGUGUCAGUCAUCCUGCCAGCACUUCUACUUUGCUCCCAGUUAAACCUCUUUAUCCUCAGAAAGCUUCAUUCAGCAUCUUUUUCCAAGUUUACAUUAUCUCAGUGGGCUCAUUUGUUAAACUUAAUAAUUAGUUUAAUCCACAUAAACUCUUUGUAUUUAAUGCAAGUAUCAGACUUAAUACAAUUUUAAUCAAGAAAAUAUAAAAAGAAAAAAAUAUAUUUUGUAAUUUUUGACCAUAUUUUUUUCAUGUUCCAUGCUUGAGUCAAUGAAAUCCCAGUCAAAAUAUUUUAACUGUUUUAAAAUUGACAUUUUAAUUAUUUUACAGAAACAAAUAUUUCUCAUGAUAAUUCAAUACACCAAAAUAACAGAGACCACAACAUGCUGUGAGACUGUUGAAGCAGAGGUGCUGGUAGGUUAAACACCGUCUACCUUACUCCAGUGUUUCUGCAGAGGUCACAAUCUGACUGGCUAUUCUGUGAACACAUAUGUAGGUUUGAUCUUAGAAAAGUAGAUACCUUAUUUCCAGUAAUAUCAAAUUAUGCCUUCAGUGCAUUAGCUGAUAAAUCACUUACAUUUAGUUAUGUUGUCUGUAAAAAUGGGUCCCAUGUUGUUUUGACCAAAUUUUGAUUUUUUCUUUUUCUUCUUCCUAUUUCUUAUGAAGUGUUGCACUUGUUGAAUGGCUUCUCUGGUUACAUGUUAGCCAUUACCCUUUUUGAGUACAUGUCAGGGCUAAUACUUUACUUCCUGUCUUCUGUUGUCAGAAUAAUUACCGUAUUCUUCUUAAUUAUUUUGGGUUCAUUCUUAAAUAUUUCUCCCUAAUCAAGAAAAAGUAAUCUGACAAGAUUCCAUGUUGCUCGGCCAUUGACUUGCUUAAAUCGUGUAAAAAAAAUAAAUAAAAACAAAAAACAGUAUUUUGCCUGCAUCCCUGUAUACUACAAAAAGGGCAGCAAUAA